AGACGUGCGGCGGAAGGGCAGGUGCACGCGACGCUGCCAGCAGCAUUAUCAUAACAACCGUUGCCACCGUUAAGGGAAAAGGCCAGUUGGCUCUUAUAAGGCCUGUGGAGACGUUUUCCCCAAAAAGUACUUCAGCCUUUGCCAUCUUGUUGCCGUUGGGAGAAAAAAGAAGCAAAACUCGAGGACCGUCGUCAUGACUCUGAACCAGAACCACUCGGAGUCCGGCGGAGUUAUCAUUAAUAACAGUGAGAGCUUGCUGAUGAACCACGAUAAUGUGGAGCUGGUCUUCUGUGACGCCGACAGUCUCCCCGAACCCUUCAGGAAGAGCAAGAAGGGCAGCCUCUACCUGACCCCGUACCGGGUCAUCUUCCUGGCCAAAGGGCGGGAUGCCCUGCAGUCUUUCAUGAUGCCCUUCUACCUGAUGAAGGGCUGCGAAAUCAAACAGCCUGUCCUGGGGGCCAAUUACAUCAAGGGCUCAGUCGGGGCAGAGACUGGUGGUGGCUGGGAUGGCCACGCCACCUUUAAGCUCAUCUUUGCUGCUGGGGGAGCCAUAGAGUUUGGCCAGUACAUGAUGCAGGUUGCAGCUCAGGCUUCGGUGGAUGUCCCUUCAUGGCUAACGGGGCAUAUGGGGCCCCACCCCCCCCCGCCAACGGGAUGUGACCCCCACGCGCCCCCCCCCCCCCCCCCCCACCCCCCACCCCGGCGCUGGGGUAGAGUCCAUCAAACCCUGCAGCUGCUGUGGCAUCAGUCGGCCAUCUUUGCAUCUCUGUGCUGUUGGACUGCAGGUGGAUUCUUCUCCAGCCCUCCAGCAUUCGACGCCUCUGCGGGUUACGUGCCCCCACCUCCUUACUCUGCUCCUCUGGGGCAGCAGCCGCCGCACCAGCCGGACCUCCCCUCCUCAGCAGCAGCGGAGGCCAAAGCGGCCGAGGCAGCGGCCAGUGCCGGCGGCGCCACUCUGCCCCCCACACACGUGUACCUGCCACAGGACAAGCCUCCUCCCUAUUCCCCCCCGGAGGACAAGAAGAACCAGUAG